AGAUGGAAGCGGAAGAGCAGCAGCGAGUGGCGGCUCUGGAGCGGUACAUGACCUCGCUGGCCGCCAUCAACCCCUCAUGGAGUGACCUGGACAAACCUGAAGCCUCCGACAGUUUCAGCGAGCGACUUCAGCUGGAAUACUGUCCAACGAAGCGUCCUGAGGUCCUCCGAUCCUCUGGGAGUAUAUUCUCUUCUCCCGAGGAGCAGGACGAGAGGCGCCCGAGGGAGGUGGUUGAGAUCCACUCGAGUCCCGGCUUCGGGAGGUACCUGGUGGCGUCGCGGAACAUCGCAGCCGGCGAGGUUGUGUUCCGCGAGGCGCCCUUGGUGGUGGCCCCCAAGGCGGGUUCCGGCGCCUCCUGUCUGUCGUGUCUGAGGUCCCUGCAGGGCAGUGAGUGGGUUGGCUGCGAUCAGUGCGGCGCCCCUCUCUGCGGGCAAGACUGUGGGGGCGACGGACACAGCCAGGAGGAGUGCCGACUUCUGGUCCCUCUGGGCCUCAAAGAUCAGCCUCAAAACACAGUCCUCAUCAAACAGCUGAGCGUCCUCUUGACGCCCAUCAGGACGAUAUUGCUGAUGAAGGAGGUGCCGGCCGCCAGGGAGGUCAUUGCCGCCUUGCAGAGCCACGCUGAGGAGAGGCGCACGCUCCCCAUCGGCCGCUUCGUGGACGAGCAUGUCGCGAAGGUGCUGAGGACGCGCCUGAGCCUCCCCGUCGCCAGCGACAUCGUGCAACACUUGUGCGGCAUUUUCGACACCAACGCCUUCGAGUUCAGCGACGGCGACAUACGCGGCCGCGCCCUCCUGCCUGGCGGCGCCCUCAUGAACCACUCGUGCACGCCCAACACGCAGCACUGGUACAGGAACGGCGUCAUGACUGUGCGAGCCGUGGUGGACAUCCCCGAGGGCGCCCCCGUCACCAACACCUACACAAACACCCUCUGGGGCACCCGAGCUCGAGGCGCCCACCUCAGCACCUCGAAGCUCUUCACGUGCAGGUGCGAGCGGUGCCUUGACCCCACGGAGCUGGGGUCUCACAUCAGCUCCGUCCUGUGCCGGGGCUGCAGUGACGGCCUUCUGCCGCCUCCCUCGGACUGCCGCGCCGACUGGGAGUGCCAAGCCUGCGGGAAGAUUGUCUCUGCGAGCGCGAUAGAGACCCUGCUGCGUGCUGGAGGAGUGGCCCUUGGGCGCCUGCCGAUCGGAGACGCCGCUGCUGUUGCUGCUGCCCUCAGCCAGUUCCGUCGGGUCCUCGGCAACGCGCACUACAUAGUCGUGGAACUCAAGUAUGCACUCAUCCAAGCUCUUAUGGCGACCCCUCUUGAAGGUUUGACCGAAGAUGACCUGCUUAAAGUGUUGGAUUUGACCUCUGACCUCCUCCGGCUCGCUGACCUUUUAGAACCUGGUCUGUCUAGGUUCAGGGGUAUAUUGCUGUUGGAACGCUGUCGGGCAGGGGUUCAGCUAUUGCAGCGCCGCGGUGUGGCGAACUGCGACACUACGCCGGCGCUCACUACAGGGGGAAAUCAACUAAACAGUUCUCAUUCAGUUCAUACAGUCCAAACUGUUGAGGACCUUUCGAGGCAGCUGGAGGAAUGCGCUUUCAUCCUCCAUUACGAUGCCCGCCAUGAUGACGUCAUCGAGGUGAAACAACAGAUAAAGAGCUUAAAUUAGAUUAUACUGAUAGAGAUUAUAGAAAAAAGACAAUGCCUGGGUUGUACAAUAAAAUAGUAUAGUUGUUUUUUUUUUAUCUGAAGUCGGUGAUAAUAGCUGAUUAUAGAUUUUUGCUUUGUUUAGUUAUAAUGUAUUUCGUACGAGUGUUUUAUUAAGUGCACUCGUAUUCCUUCGUUCGAUUUCUGUCACGUUAUUUGUGUCUACUUGUUAGUUAUUAUCUUCGAAUUUUGAUUUUGAAAAUUCAAUAUAUAUAUAGCCAUCAACUGCAUAAUGUUUGCCAAAGCCCUUUAUGAAAAAGAAUAGAAAAAAACGCUUAUAGUAAAAAAUACCAAUGAAGAUCGACAGAGAGAGAGAGAGAGAGAGAGAGAGAGAG